AACCCUAACGCUCCGGCUUCACCAUUUCUCAAAUCCCUAGAAACCCUCCCGCACCGAAACCCUAAUGUUAAACCCUUAAACCCCGCCACACCGAAACCUCCAUUAUCCUCCCUCCUCGUCCUUCAUGACCACCUCCAACCCGGGCAUCGGAAACAGCUAUGCAAAAGCUCUUGCGAGAAAGCAACCGCCUUGCCUCCAUUUGUCCUCCUGAGCUCCCCAUGAUCGCCGCUCUCCUCCCCAACUCCUCUUCUUCCACUGCCUGCUACGGCCAUUACCGCAGUCUCUCGCUGCGGCCUUCCUUCAACCGCCGCUGCUUCCUCGACGUUGGCAGCGAACGCCUCCUCCGGCGGUUAUGGUCACCACUCCUCAGGCAGGCUCGUGAGCCGUCCUCCUCAUGGAUUUUUGCUGGAAGUGCGGGGAGGAGAUUUAGGUAUUCUGAGGGUUUCAGGGGUCGGGAGAAGAGAGGGAGCACGGAAGAAGCUGAGAAGGAUUGGAAGUGUGCAGAGGAAACUAGUGAACAGUCAGAUGAAAGGAGUAGCAGAACUGCACAGCAGCAGAGGAGGCAGAGGAGUGAGAGCUCCGGAGACAUACCGGGUGCUAGCUUUGACCUCCUAAGCAUCCCGGGGGUUGGUCCAAGAAACUUGAGGAAGCUAGUGGAUAAGGGGUUUCGUGCUAUUGAUGAACUGAAACAGUUUUAUAAAGACAAGUAUUAUGGCAAAGCCAGCCAUGAAAUGGUUGAAUUCCUGCGGAACUCUGUUGGAAUCAUUCACAAAAAUCAUGCAGAAAGUAUAACAUCUUUUAUAAAAGAGAGUGUUGAUGAAGAGUUACAACAAGUGGAUGUAAACACAGAGGUGAAACUUUCACAGAAGAAAAGACUAACAUUUUGUGUUGAGGGAAACAUCAGUGUUGGAAAGACAACUUUUCUUCAAAGAAUUGCUAAUGAAACAAUUGAACUACGGGAUCUUGUUGAGAUAGUGCCAGAACCCAUCUCUAAAUGGCAGGAUGUUGGUCCUGAUCACUUCAAUAUUCUUGAUGCUUUUUAUUCUGAGCCAAAGAGAUAUGCAUAUACUUUUCAGAAUUAUGUGUUUGUAACUAGGGUCAUGCAAGAACGAGAAUCUUCUGGCGGUAUCAAGCCAUUAAGGCUAAUGGAAAGAAGUGUUUUCAGUGAUAGAAUGGUAUUUGUUCGUUCUGUUCAUGAAGCUAACUGGAUGAAUGAGAUGGAGAUAAGCAUCUAUGAUUCAUGGUUUGAUCCUGUUGUGUCAUGCCUGCCAGGACUUAUCCCUGAUGGUUUCAUUUAUUUGAGAGCUAGCCCUGAUACUUGCCACAAAAGAAUGAUGCUGCGAAAGAGGGAAGAGGAGGGUGGUGUGACAUUGGACUAUUUAAGGGACCUGCAUGAAAAACAUGAAAGCUGGCUCUUCCCCUUCCAAAGUGGAAACCUUGGGGUAUUGUCUGUUAGUCAAUUGCCUUCACACUUUGACAACUCAUUGCAUCCAGAUAUUAAAGAUCGUGUAUUCUACUUAGAGGGAGAUCAUAUGCACUCUAGUAUUCAGAAGGUUCCUGCUCUUGUACUGGAUUGUGAGCCUACUAUAGAUUUCAGUCGAGAUAUUGAAGCUAAAAGACAGUAUGCUCGGCAAGUUGCAGAAUUCUUUUCUUUUGUGAAAAGAAAGAAAGAAGAGACUACCGAGAAGGGCACAAAUGCAGGAUCCAGAAACCAGCAAAUUCUUCUUCCCGGAAAGGGUGGUUUGUGGGUUCCAGAUGGCAGUCCCUUCCCUGAUUCCGCCUUGAAAUCUCUCGAUUUCAGGAGAGCCAUGUCUUCCUUCAUGCCUACUUAGCCUGUGAAAUGCCUUUCUGUAAUUUUGUUGACUGGAUUGCUUUGGCAUUGAAAUGAAAGCCUUUCUUCUCCCAAAAGCAAGCUUUUGCAGAAGGUACCCUUGACCUCAGCUUACUAAAAACAUGGCUGCAUCUCAUCGUUCAUCAAUGUAUGCGUUUUGUACAGCUUUUUUGUCUUUUAGUUGUUAUGUGAAGUAGCUGCUAACAGACCAUUGAUGGUGACUUUUGCUUCUGGUUUAGGGAAUGGCUUGUAUUGUAUUGUAGAAUGUAAUUGUCAGCUUGGUUUUGUGUUGUUCAUCAGUUUCUGGUUGCAGUUCUAUUCUUUCAGCCUUAUGAGAAUUGUAACACCCAAGGUAUGGUUUUGCUUAA